ACUAUUUCAGUAGUUUAAAUUUUUUCACUAUUUUCAGUUAUUCGUCUAACAAUACAAACUCAACAUUCAUUUUUCUCAGGAGGACUUUCCACUCUUCCUCCCCACUCCAGAGAAUACCACUUUGUGAACCAGCUGAAGACCUGGACCGAAGCUCAGAGUUACUGCAGAGAACACUUCACUGACUUGGUCACCAUCUACAACAGCAACAUCAACCAACUGCUUUUCUCAAUGACACCAAGGAUCAAUACUGGGGCUUGGACAGGUCUCUAUAGUGAUCCUUAUAGCUGGAAGUGGUCCAUGGAGGGAAAACUUUUUUAUGUUGGCAGUAAACAUGAAUUUUUGAUCUGGGCUAACGGCCAACCAGACUGUGCUAAAGCAAAGGAAUACUGUGUGGCUCUUCAGGGACAAACACAGAUAAAUGAUAGACCCUGUGGAGAUUCUUACCCUUUCCUGUGUUACAAUGCCAGCAGUACAAGUUACAUCUUAGUGAAGGAGAGCCGCUCCUGGUCAGCGGCUCAGUCGUACUGCAGGACAUACCACACAGACCUGACCAGUAUAAGAAGCAAAGAGGAGAAAUCCAACAUCACGCUCACUUUGAAUGGAUCAGGGGUUCAGUAUGUGUGGAUUGGUCUCUACAGGGAUCCCUGGGCCUCCUGGUCUGACAACACAACCUCCACAUUCACUAACUGGAUCUCUGGUCAGCCUGAUAACCCAAAUUCAGUUGAAUACUGUGGAACAAUGAAUUUAAUGUCAGGGAAAUGGGAUGAUGGCAACUGUGGCAGCAAAAUCUCUUUUUUCUGUUUCACAGGUGAGGUCCAGAAUGCAAACACUGUGAGAUCCUGUCAUCAUGUAAAACACUAA